CGCUCUGCUACAGCUGUGGCUGGAGGGGUGGCCGACUGUAGCCACCUCCCAUGCACUGCUGCUAGCUAAACCCCGGCUCUCGUCUCUGGCUGCCGGAGAGAGACAGACGUUCGCGCGGUGCUGGUGGGUAGUCGGCUGCGCCUCCUGCAUGCUGCCUAGACUCCCAUGGGCAGGUUUGCUUUCCACCUCUCUCCUCCUCUGAGUGAAGAUGUGGUUGUGUUGCAUGGCCGAGUGACGUCUAUGGCACACGAGUUUCCAGACUCCGAGGGAACAGGGACUGCCAGCAGGAUGCUCUUCCCCGCUUCUGUCCAGGAGUCUCCGCGUGGUCUGCCCGACGCCAGUGACCUGUGCCUUGGAUUGCAGUCUCUCAGCCUGCCAGGGUGGGAUAGGCCAUGGAGCACCCAGGAUACAGAUGCUGCAGCCCAGCCAAGCACGCAGUCUGUUCUCAACAUGCUCAGCAAUCCCUUCGGGAAGCCGUCUCUGGGCUUCCUGCCCCUGGAUCCCAUCGGCUCGGAGCUGAGCGAGAACCUCCCAACUCCGACCUUGAGGGCCUCGCGCUUGGACAGCAGCCGCUCCCUUCUCUAUUCCCGCUCCAGCAGCCCCUCCGACUCGGACACCAGUGGAUUCAGCUCUGGAUCUGACCACCUUUCAGAUCUGAUCUCAAGUCUGCGUAUCUCACCUCCUCUGCCAUUCCUGCCCAUCGGAGGCAUAACCAGAGAUUCCUUGAAUGGAGCAGGGUCUCGCCUGGAUCAAGAGCAGGCUGCCUUGGCUGCGGUCACCUCCUCCACCUCUGGCGCCUUGUCCAAGCAGUGGCCUGGGGCCUCUUCCUGGCCAUCCUGGAACAUCACGGACGCUCCGGAGGACCCCUUCAGCAUCGAAAGAGAAGCCAGGCUCCACAAGCAAGCAGCAGCUGUGAAUGAGGCAACCUGCACUUGGAGUGGGCAGCUCCCACCUAGAAACUACAAAAAUCCUGUUUACUCCUGCAAGGUGUUUUUAGGAGGUGUUCCCUGGGACAUCACAGAAGCGGGUCUGAUCAGCACCUUCCGUGUGUUUGGCUCGCUGAGAGUGGAGUGGCCUGGUAAGGAUAGCAAGCAUCCCCGCUGCCCUCCCAAAGGUUAUGCCUACUUAGUGUUUGAAUCUGAGAAGUCUGUACGUGCCUUGCUCCAAAAUUGCUCCCGGGAUCUGCUGAGCCCCAGCGGCCUUAGCGAAUAUUACUUCAAGAUGUCUAGCCGCAGAAUGAGGUGUAAGGAGGUGCAGGUGAUCCCGUGGGUCUUGGCCGAUAGCAACUUCGUGCGCAGCCCAACUCAGAGGCUGGACCCUGGGAAAACGGUCUUCGUGGGAGCUCUUCACGGGAUGCUGAAUGCAGAAGCCCUGGCAGGAAUCCUGAAUGACUUGUUUGGUGGGGUUGUCUAUGCAGGUAUUGACACCGACAAGCACAAGUAUCCCAUUGGAUCUGGACGUGUCACCUUUAACAACCAGCGUAGCUAUCUGAAAGCAGUCAGUGCUGCAUUUGUGGAGAUCAAAACAACAAAGUUUACAAAAAAGGUUCAGAUUGAUCCGUAUCUAGAAGAUGCCAUGUGUCAGAUUUGCAGAUCUCAGCCAGGUCCUUUCUUCUGCAGAGAUCAGAUGUGCUUCAAAUACUUCUGUCGCUCUUGCUGGCACUGGAAACAUUCCAUGGAGAUCCUGCACCACCACCGUCCACUGAUGCGUAACCAGAAGAACCGCGACGCCAGCUAGAGCGGCGUCGGCGAGCUGCUCCUGUUUGCCGGGCGAAGCUCUUCCGUUGACUUAAAGAGAAGAAGCCCCACCGAUCCUAGUUGGUGCCACACCCAGGCUGGGGGAGAUGCCCGUCGGAAGGACUUAACGGGGGAAUCUUGCCUUCACGUUUGCACUCGCUGGUUUUUUUCUGUUUCUGCACUAAUGCACAGUGAAGUUUUUUUGUUUUUGUUUGGGGGGUGUGUGUGUUUGUGAGGGGGAGGGCCCCCUCGAAACAAUUCUGCAGUUCCCAGACUUUGGUUCCUUGCCUGCUGAGGAGAAGCAUCAAGGGACCAUAGGUUGAGAAGGUAUUGAACGCAGAUGCCUUCAAAUUUCUUAUUUAUCAAGGGCCAUUUUUUACAUUUCUUGCAAUACUGAUGGUAGAAUGCAUAAUGAUGCAGUUCUCAUUGGCUCCACUUCGUUUGCAGUUGCCAUAUAGUGCCUUUUCAUUCGUUUAACCUUUCCCCUCCCCUCCCUUCCCCUUCCCCUCCCUUCCCCUUUCCCCAUCUGAACGGAAUAAACUGGAUGUUCAGCUGGUGUUUUUUACUGUAACAACAAGAAGACGUUGCUCUUCA